CGCUGUACCUUCUCUCUCUCUCUCUCACUCUCUCACACACACACAUCGUUCACCUAAUGUAAGUCCAACCAACCCUACGACCUACCGAACCAACCAACCCCCCUCUCUCAAUUCUCAAUUCUCUACUCACCACCCCCAAAACCACCCACCCGGUCGGUAGCGCGCGCGCGCGCGCGUGCGUGCGUGCGUGCGUUCGUUUCGUCCGUUCGCGUUCGUUCGUUCGCUGGUUCGUUCGUUCGCUGGUUCGUUCGUUCGUUCGUUCGUGUGCUUUCUGACAGGAGGUACGUUGCUGAAGAGCAACAGGACGAAUAAAAGAGAGAGAAAGAGAGAGAGAGAGAAAGUUAGCUAUCUAUCCAUUGUAUAUUGAUAGAUACAUGGAUAGAUGGAUAGAUGGUUGGAUUGAUGGAUAGAGAGGAAUUGUGAACCGGUUUCAUGCGUGUCUCCCGGUUGGUGUUCAACUCAAGGAUCGGUUUUCCACGUUGCAAAGGAAACCGGUACGGCAAAGGACAAUCGUAAACUAUAAAGCAAUUCCGAUGCUUUGUUUUAAAGGUAUAUUAAAUUCAUAACUGGGCUUUUCGCUGCUUUGUUCGACAAAGUUCGAUGGACUCCUCGUGUGCGCGCAAAACACACGUAAAGGAUCGUAUUAUUUCGAAGAUUUCAUUUCUCUCUCGAUCAUGUUUUAAUUUUUUAUUAUUAUUAUUAUUAUUAUUAUUUAAGUGACUAUUGAGACGAUUGUGUGAUAAGUUUAGUUUUCUUUUCUUUUUGUUUUUUUUUUACUUUCGUUGGUGAUAUUAUACGUGACGAUAAAAAACUGUAAUUAAAGAAGAAUAACCUUUUUACAAAAUCCGAAAGGAAGAAAUAAGAAAUAAAGAAGAAGGAGAUCGUAUAUCGAUUUUUGCUUAAGAGGAUUGUGGACUUUGUUUCUGCUUAUAUAUCCUGACAAGUUACUUUGGUUGGUUCCUGUUCGAAGAUUGCGGGAGGAAGGAAGAUCCUAUUUCUUGCACGUGAUAACUUUUUAAGCUGAUAAAAGGGUGAUCGUUAAAGGGAUAUAAUAUCAUCGAAUCAAGGGGUUCGUGGUAGAAAAUUCCCAUGUGCGUUCGUAGCAACCGUGGAAGGCCACCACGGUCGAAAAGAGAGAAGGAGGAGCAUGACGUAGUAAUCGGCAAGGGGGGCCCUUGGGAUGCUCCUGACUUUUGGUUAGGGUCGUAUGGAGGGGAAGGACGAGACCAACCCGGAAGAAAUUCUAUUUUUCAAUCUAACCACCACCACCACCGUCGCCACCAACCAAACCAAAGAUUUAUUUCUAACAUUUCCUGGCAAAAAUUCACCAUACACGCCGAUUCAGGCAAUAUUAAUCACCCUGGUGCUGGUAAGCAUCAUCAUUGGCACUGUCAUCGGAAACAUCCUGGUUUGUGUCGCGGUAUUCCUCGUUAGGAAACUACGACGACCUUGCAACUACCUUUUGGUUAGCCUAGCCGUCAGUGAUCUCUGCGUGGCACUUCUGGUAAUGCCGAUGGCAUUACUAUACGAGAUUUCCCAUAAUUGGACAUUCGGAGAAGUUAUAUGUGAUCUAUGGGUUAGCUUCGAUGUACUUAGUUGUACAGCCAGUAUUCUCAAUCUGUGUAUGAUAUCUCUUGAUCGGUACUGGGCGAUCACGAAACCUCUGAAAUACGGCGUUCAGAGGACACCUAAACGGAUGAUGGUCUACGUGCUACUUGUUUGGUUGGUAGCAGCUUGCGUUAGUCUGACGCCAUUAUUGUUUAUCGAAAACGCUUAUACCUACUCGGAAACUGGACCCUCGCAUUGUACGGUCUGCCAAAAUUUCUAUUAUCAGAUCUACGCAACAGUCCUCAGUUUCUACGUACCACUAACCGUCAUGAUAAUGGUAUACUACAGAAUAUUCCGUGCAGCACGUAAGAUAGUUCUCGAGGAGAGAAGAGCUCAAAGCCACUUGGAAACCCAGUAUUAUCUCGAUAUCGAACCACCUGUACAGCAUCAGACGACACCUGCAAUAAAUCGUCAAUUUAAUUCGUCGGAGUUACCGACGAAUCAUGGAAGUCCACUAAUCAAACAACACAGAAGUUCCAGUGCUUCCACAACGAUACGGUCAAAAGCUCGUGGCGAGAGGCGGGAAAAUAAUAAACCGUGUAGCGGUAAUGCGGUGAGAUGUUUUGCCGGUGGUCCACGUAAAAGCAACGAGUCGCAAUGUCCGAUGUUGCAGAAACCAAUACUGUCAUCAUCGACGACAACGAUGACCCCGUCGAUAAUGACGAUGUCAAAACCAACAACGGUGAUAAGGAAUCAUUUGAAUAGCACGUGCAGCGUGACCAAUUCACCACAUCAGAAAAAAUUAAGGUUCCAUUUGGCAAAGGAACGUAAAGCCAGUACAACGUUGGGCAUCAUAAUGAGCGCAUUCAUCAUCUGUUGGUUACCAUUUUUCGUUUUGGCAUUGAUAAGGGCAUUUUUAACAGACCCACAAGCUGUACCAACAUUUCUAUCAAGUCUUUUCCUUUGGUUAGGCUAUUGCAAUAGCCUAUUAAAUCCAAUUAUUUACGUAACACUUACAAGAGACUUUCGCAAACCAUUUCGUGAAAUACUUUGCUUCCGUUGCAGCAGCUUAAAUCACAUGAUGCGAGAAGAAUUUUAUCAAAGUCAAUACGGGGAUCCGGUUAACAAUUAUGAAAUAAAAGCAGGUGAAACCGAAAGCGGUGAUAGAUUAGACGAUCAAGGAGUUGAAUCUAUUGACGUCGUAGCCAACACUCCUAACGAAAGCUUUCUGUGAUCCCAGUGAAUAAUUUCGUUGACUAGACGAAUUUAUCGAGCUUCCUCCUGGCUUAUUCUUACUUCGAAUUCUUAUUCAAUGAUAAAAUUACUACUACGACCAAGUUCUUUUCAAAUUUUUAUUCAAUAUCGAUAAUCGAUUCUUUUUUUUUUUCUUUCUGUUUUUUCGUAGCAGGAGGAGAAGGAGGAGGAGGAUUAACAUUCGAACUUUAUUCCAGAUUUUUCAUCAUUUCCCUACCCCCCCCCCUACACCCCCUCUUCUUUUUUGAAUACAUAAUAUGAAAAAUGUUGUUAACUUAUUCACGUAUAUGGGAUUGGAUCAAUUCCUAUUCGUACUUUCUUUUCGAUUAUUUCAAUUUUACAAUCGUGUGUUAUGCAAUAUUUGUAUUGCACAGUUGUGAGAGAAAAUAUUUCUUAUUUUUUGUUCUUAAAGAAAGGAUAAUUUGUAUAUAAUAAAUGUUAACAAAAUUGAUCUCCCAAGGGAUGAUGAUGAUGAUGAUGAUGAUUAUACGUGUAAACUACUUUGAGUAAUUUAGAUGAUUCCAAAUUUAUUUCGAAUACUUUCGAUCGUAAAUAGAAAUGGAGUGAAAAUGGAAUUUUCAAUAAUCUUGAUGUAGGAUUUUAUACGGGGCGGGGGGGGGGGCGGCGGCGGAGGGAGAAAACUCAAGCGUGACUUAUUGUUAAUGGAAUAAAAAAAAAAGAAAAAGAAAUAUAAUCGUGCGAAGUCAAAAAGAAAUGGAAAAAAGAAAUAAAAAAAGGACAGAAGUUUCCUUCGAGUUUACGAGCAACAACAACGGUUACUUUCCGUUGGUUCUGGAAAAAAGUUCCUAAGGAAAAUGAAAAGAAGAAAAAGAAAAAAAAAAGUCUUCACGGAAAGUGGUGUAAAGUGAAAGAAAGAGAUAGAUAGAUAAAUGGUAAGAAAAGAGUGCCUAUGUUUUCUCUCUCACUCACUCACUCACUCACUCACUCACUCACUCUCAUACUACUUUAUACCAAAUCUUGACCAGACAUCUUAGGUUUUUCCGGAUUUACUUCUCUCCUUUUCAUCGUUCUAUCGUGUUCCCAACGUGAACAUCUUGCUUGUUCACCUCCUCCUCCUCCUCCUCCUCCUCCUUUUCGUGUCUCUCACGAUUUUCUAACUCAACUUUUUCUCUCACGUCGUAGAACAAAAUAUCUUAAAUCGUUCGACGAGAAAUAAAAAUGAAAUUUAAAUAAAUAAAACAAAAGAAAAUAAAAAGAAAGCACACAGUGAUAGUUUGAAUUGAUAAAAUGGACAAAUUUUGAACGAAAAAUAAUUUUGUCUUCUUUUUUUAUUUCCGAUGAAAUAACAAUAAUUAUUAUUAUUAUUAUUAAUAAUCAAUUAACCGUUGGAUUUGGAACGAUAGGAAAUAUAAAUGAGAUAUAUAUAUAUAUAUUUAUGUUCUUUCGUUGUAUGUCGUUUCAAUAAAACGCGUAUUCGUAUUAUAAAUAAAUGAAUCUAUAUAACUUAAAUAUGUCCAUUAAACUCUUAAUACUUGUCAUCGUAUAGAGACCAUUAUUGUUCGAGAAUACUUAACGUAUUAUGUAAAAGCCGGUUUGACAUUGGUUUCCUAAACGAUUUAUAAUUGUCGAUAUUUUACAACGGACAAAUUGCAUACGAACGAAAGGGGGAAGUAACUACAAAACUUCAUAUAUUUCAUUAUUAAAUCGUAUCACAUAUUAUAUAAUCGUAUCUCAUCUUCUCGUCAUUUGUAAUUAAGAUUUUAUUCAUAAACGUGUUUUUUGUUUCACGUCGCAUCACGUGGUAACAUCAUUUUUUCAAAAGAUCAAAUAUAUCAAGAUUUUCAUUUUUAUUAUUUAUUUAUUUAUAAUAUACCGUUAUACAUACGUAAGUAAAGAGACAAAAAGUGAUUAAAAUUAAUAUCUCGUAUCUAUCUAUCAUUAAUCUUUAACAUUUUUCGCGAAUAUAAAAAUCUUACAUAUGGGGUAUUCGAAAACAACAACAAGAAAAUGCAUAAAUUCAUUGAUAUGAAUUUCUUUCUCUUCUUUAUCAUUUCAAUAUAGCUACUUACGAAAGAACAAAAAAAUAAAAUAAAAUAGAAGAAAGAAAAUGUGUAUGAAAGAAAGAAAGAAAAAAAAAA